CCGCAGGACAUACACAGUCACCCACUCACCUCCAACCCCCUCAGGACAUACACAGUCACCCGCUCACCUCCAACCCCCGCAGGACAUACACAGUCACCUGCUCACCUCCAACCCCCGCAGGACAUACACAGUCACCCGCUCACCUCCAACCUCCGCAGGACAUACACAGUCACCCGCUCACCUCUUCCCAGCAGCACAUACACAGUCACCCGCUCACCUCCAACCCCCGCAGGACAUACACAGUCACCCACUCACCUCCAACCCCCGCAGGAAAUACACAGUCACCUGCUCACCUCCAAACCCCGCAGGAUAUAGUCACCCGCUCACCUCCAACCCCUGCAGAACAUACACAGUCACCCGCUCACCUCUUCCCAGUAGCACAUACACAUUCACCUGCCCCCCCUCCUCCGCAGGACAUACACAGUCACACGCUCACCUCUUCCCAGUAGCACAUACACAUUCACCUGCCCCCCCCCCUCCUCCGCAGGACAUACACAGUCACCUGCUCACCUCCAACCCCCCCUGCAGCACAUACACAGUCACCCGCUCACCCCCAACCCCCGCUGUACAUACACAGUCACCCACUCACCUCUUCCCAGCAGCGCAUACAGUCACCGGCACUCACCCCCUACAGCACAUACACUCCCCAACACCUGCCACCCGUCGACUGAAUUCCCCUUGAGUGCAGCCACGGUAGAGACACACCAUCAUCUGCAGCCUCCCUGAGAGUCCCGCACACUCAGUGUGGCUAGACCAUCCUGGAGCAGGGCCCUCUUUACGCUCUGCCAAUGAGCUAUGCCACCAUGACCGGAACCCGUGAAGUUGAUGCACGCAAUCAGGAGAGGCAUAAAAGGGACUGGUAACGCUCCACCUCCUGUCCAGGAUGCAUCAGUCACUCAACUAACAGCGUGUGAUUGGCUGCAGCGGAGCGCAUCCCCAGGGACACACCCAUUUUAGAAAAGUGAGUCCCCGGACCUCAAAACUGGUAACUAUGGUGAUGGUGUGAGCACAGCUGGGUCGUCGAGUAGUGAUGACAUCAACAUCAAGCGACGUGUAGGCGGGUGUGUGGUCCCGAUCCUCACGUCAGCGUCCACAUGGUGUUGUGCCGGUAUAAAGAAAUGCUCAUUUCUCGGUUACAAAAUCAAUAUUAUUAUUACAGCUCUUGUUUCCUUUUGAAAAGCCUUAAGAACCUGUAACAUUUGGCAAGCCAGUGACAUGUACCGUGAACAUUACCAAACCGCAGUGGGUCAUAUAGGGCAUGACCAAAUGAAAUGCGUGGGGACACUGCAGAAUCAGCACUUACAGCUGGGAACAGACCGACACACUCCAGUUGCUGAAACUAUAAAAGAAGAAACACAUCGGCUGAUAAACAUCUAUUCCCCUCACUUUCUAGUGUUCUCUGAAUGCGGAACAAAUUCUAAUGCCAGAGUACAAAUCAGGAACCAGUACAGCUAUAAUGAUGCAGGAUGUUUUCAGCCAAGACCUAAACAUAAACAAUUACCUCUCAUAUUUAAUGUAGUUGAGAUAUUCAUGGAAAAAAUUAUAUUUUCACAAUGUGACCUAAUUUGGGAAAAUUAUAUUGCAGCAGCUUACGAUAUGGUAUAUUCAACUGACAUGUUACCUUAUUCUGAUGUAUCCACUAAGAAGAUAAGUCGAUUUGUCCAGACAAAGUUCUCUAGAUAUCUAACUGCUCAAACAAGAGAAGGAACACAUUCAUUAUAUAAAUGCAAUAAAGAGACUGCUCUAGGGUGUAGAGAAGAAAUUACUUGUGACAGUAAUGAAGAGACAGAUCAUAAAUUAGAGAAUCCAAAGCCAUGUAAGAGAAAACGAACAGGGAAUCUAUUCGAAGCCGGAGAGAAGAGGUUAAAAAAGACUUUGACUAUGAACAAAUUUAGUGAUUAUACUAAACCUGUCCUGGAGUUUAGUAAUAGGACAAACCUGGGUAUAUCAAAUAAGGGUUUCUCUUGUUUUAGAAAUCCUGAUGGGAAAAAAGGGGCAUUUCCUCAAACCGCUACAUCAGAAACUAUAGAUCACUGCAGUUUUGUAAGACUCUUUCCUGAAAUAGAAGCUUAUACAGAAAAAAACACAUUUAUAUAUCCGUUAAGUAAUUUUAAUGCUCAACAAAAAUGCAACAGUUCUGGAGCUGGUUGCAAAUUGCGCAAUGUAGGGAGUUUCAUGGGGUCAGUACUGAAAGACUUGGCUCUAUCACAUUUCCCAUUUGGUGAUAUACAUGAAGAUGUUAGGGGCACUUACAUUCCUCAAACUGACAGCGCUGUUGAUUAUACUCUGCCAUGUGGUAGUCGGCAAAAGAAAGCACACUAUGAAAUUCAGCUUCACCAUGAUGAAAGCCUUUACAUGAUAAACAGCGCUGACAAUAAUAUUAAUCUGCAUGUCAUACUGUCACUGCAUCCUUGUCAUACUGUCACUGCAACUUCAAAUGUUGUUUCUAGCGUUGAUAAUUGCACAGAGCCAGGUGAGCCACAAGGGCGAAAAUGUUUAAAUUAUGUGGCUGGUGAGAAAUGCAUGACUCAAAAUCAAUGUGACAUUUCUGCAAACAUAUUAACAAGUUCUCCAAAAUGGAACGGUUUGCAAACAACUUCUUUAUCACUACCAUAUAUUGAUAAGAGAACAUGCCAUUUUGGAAAUAAAGAGGAGUCAUUUCUGUCCAAAGAAGAAACAUUUUCAGUGCAACGUAAUUACCCUAGAAAGCUUGAAAAGCAACAUUUCCUCCCGAACAUCAACUUCUCAACACUUGCAGCUUCAUUACUUGGAACGCCUAUAAAUGACUCCUUAUUUUUCCACGGAAGUGGUUUACAAAGUACAUCCAAAAUAGAGUCUUCCCAUGAAAUGAUUAAUAAAUCGCUCCUGUUCUCAUUCAGACAUGAAGGCAUAAAACUUGAACAAACAGAAGUGGAGGUUUCGCUUAGCACAGAAAAUAUAAACAAAAGAACUGGGAGUGCUCAUUUGGACUACACAACUGCAUUUAAAAAUGUUGGCUUCUGUUUUCCCUCACACUUUCAAAAUACUGUUGACACACAACAUUCUGCAGAAGACAGUUCUGCAAAGACUAUAGACACUAAUUGGACGUCCUUGUCUUCAAAACAGUUGUCUUUCACUGAAACGUUUAAAAAAAUCUGUUUGGAUCAGUGUUUGUUGCAAUUAGACAGCAUUAAUCUCAAGGAAACAUCCUGUUCCUUCCGCCAUGAUCAUCUAUUUUGUGAAAGCAGAACCACAAUUGAAAACAAUGCUGCAAUAAAUAGCCAAUCCAUAGAGAGCCAAUACAAAUCUUGUAUUACAAAAUGUCAGUACGCAAAUCAAUCUUAUGUAUCAGACACAGACCAUCAUGGAUGUAAGGAAGAGUUCACCAAAAAUAUACACAAUGAAAUAGGCUAUGGCAGCUUUCUCAAUACCAAAAUUUGUGGCACCUUUAUCUGUGAAACCAGUAUACAAAAUGUUACUGAGCAGAUGUCUUGUGUAGAAAGACAUGAACACGUGAAAUUACAACUGUUAAAUGAAACAUUGAAUUUCAGCAGAGUAUCUUCCUUUACAAAUACUAUGUGGUCAGAAAACACUUUGAAUCCAAAAAUAGAUUCUAAAGAUACAAAGGAAAUAGAAGUGAAAGGUGCUUCGCCCUAUGUUCUAGAUAUCCAAAUGACCAGUUCCACCAGAGGCACAAGACUGUCUUUAGAAAAUGCGGCGUGUGACAUGAAAUCUCAGUUUGACUUAGUUAUAGAAGAGUUGAAGUUAUUCCAUCAAAUUGGAGAAGAAAAUGGAGAUUCCACUAUGACUACAGAAGGGAAUGGACUUGAACAUACUUGUAGUACUUUGGAAGAAUUACCAGAAAUGUCACAUGAGAGUAUUCCUAGUAACUUCGUGAAGAAUGAUGGUAACAGUCAAGAUAUAAUAAAUGAAAGCAAAUAUGUAUGUGACAGUGUGGUGGUGGCUCAAGUCAAGGAGCAGGAAGUACCUUUACAGUGCUGGACUAGUGCGUGUCCGGGUGAUGAGGAGUCGCUAUAUUCUUCAGAUAAAGAAGGAGAUGUCGCGAAACUCUUGUCAUGGACACCGGCCUUUUGGUCAAGCAAUAAUAGAGAGACUCUGCAUACUGAGAGAGAAGUGACAUUCUCUCAUGGGAUAAGAAGAGUGACACCACUCAAGACACGGACUGGUCCUCUUAGGAUCGGCCUGUCAAGGAAAGCCAAGAUUAAACAGCUUCAUCCUUAUCUCCGAUAGAGAGUCAGAUUCCUAAAAGAGCAUAAAUAGAUUGCAUUAGAUUACAACCACUGGGAUACAUUUCAUAGUACUGGAUAAAAGAACCAAAACCUUCUGCUGAAAAUGUAUUUUAUAUUCAUUGGAUAUAUUUGGUGUUAUUAAGGUAUUUACAUGUUUGUUUUAAUGCUUCGUGUUUAUGUUAAAAUGUUACAUUUUAAAAUGUUUCUUUCAAUCUCAAGGUUUUAAACAUAAUACUGCAGAACUUUUUCAGCCUACUUUUACCAUCUAUGGGGGGUAUUCAAUGAAAGUAAAAACUGCCGUCUUGUUGGAAAGACGGCAGUUUCCGACUGUUUUAGGUCGGGAGGGGUUCCGACCUAUUCAGUGCUGGCUCUUUUUUUCUGACAAGUCGAGAAAUCCGACUUGUCGGAAAGCACGCGGAUUGGCGGCUUAACCCACCGAUCCAAGUGUAUUGUCGGAAAGCGCGGCCAAACCCAACAAGUUUUAGCCCCGUAUCCGACAAUGUCUAUCAAACUUUAAAAAAAGUCGGAUUGGCAUUGUCGGGAACGGGCCAAACCUGUCGGGUUUGGCAUGCAUUGAAUACUCACUUGUCGGAUCCUUUCCGUUGGAAAGGAUCCGACAUGAAAUUAAUAUAUGCCUAUUUGGGCAUAGCUGCCAACACUGUUGUGCUAGCUCCUAUUCUGUGCAUUUUACUGCUUUUAUACAUCUUCAUUGUAGGGGACAAAUAAUUCAAAGGAUAUAGAAGGGACUCUCAGACUUUAUGCUAGCAUUGGAUGUACCAAGAAAUACACAGAAAAGUAAUAAUAGCUCUGAGUAUAAAGUGCUAAAAAUUAGAUUGAAAUUGAUGUAACCAUUUAUCUUUGUUUAUGCAUGCAAUAAACAGGCCUGGCCAAUUUAUAGCACUUACAGUAUUUCAUAAAUGUGAAAUUAGUAUGUUAUCAGUGAAUGGCAAAAGGCAAAACACAUUGAGAGCUAAGGAACCCUUGAAUUAAAACUUAUUUGUCUACUUUUACAGUGUUUCCAUAGUUUUGGAAAUCUAUGGAAAUACAGUAUAACAUCAAAGGUCUUGUGAUUUUUUUUUAAAGAAACGUUACCCUAGUACUCACUCUUUAAAGGACAUCAUUAUUAUGCAAUGCUGCUGUUAAAGCAUUUUCCCACUUUAGGACACUCCAUCCUGCCUAGCUAGUGUCUCAAUCCCUGGGUACAACAACACUACUUUUACACUUUAAAUUGCUGCUGAAAGACUCAUGAUCUUGACUUUGGACAACUGUCCUCCUGUCACUCGUGGUCAAAUCCUUGAGUAACUCAGCAUUUAGUAAAGGGUGGGAUCUGAUAAACUUCUGCAAUAGCUAGAAAUGGUUGAUUAACAACCAUCUUGAAUCCUUGAUGAAACUCUUCAACAAAUAAGGAAAAUGAAAAAAUAAUUUACAGGAUUAUUAAACCUGGUUUAGUUUUAUAGUAUCUUUAAAUAGUAUUUUUAUAGUAUCUUUAAAAAUGUUUAUUAUGUUGCCCUUGGAUGGAGACAUAAAAUGAAGACUUGGAUGGAGACAUACAAUGAAAUAAAAAAAAGCGAUUUACCAGUUACAUGUAAGUAGACAGGAGGUACCCUGUGAUAUGUGUGAAAAGUGUUUUGUCUCUGAUGUACGAUAUUACAUUCCUCAUUACGGAUCCCGGCUCCAAUGCUUACUGUACUCUACAACCCUCCUCUUUACAGGGGAUAGAUGGAGAAUAAGUCAACACAUUAUUUUUAAGAAACAUAUGUAGUUUGCCGUUUUGUUCCAGAGGCUAAGCCUGUAAAUAGGAAUAUCGAUUAUCCUUUACUGUGCUUAAUUACAAAACUCUAUUUCUCUGUAAACACCAGAGUUGUAUGUUAAUUUUGUGGACAUUGAUCAUCCUUCAUUACAUAUAUUCCAAAACAUAUUUUACUGUGUCUACAGGAAUAAAUUGUAAUCCAUGAAAUAGGUGCGGCUGUUGUUAAUGGGAAAGCAAUUGUGAUGUUUACUGUAUUAAAAGGAUUUCAAAUAAA